GGAGGAGGAGGAGGGCGGAGGAGAGCGACUUGUUCUGGGAAAAGACAGAGCCGCGGUGCUGUCAAUCACAAUUAAGGAACCACUGGAGGAGUAAACUGGUAGGAAAAGCUCGGCGACGUUUGUUUUUAAUUAUUAAGCACCGUGUUGCCCCCCACCAUAAGCCGCCUUUAAACUAUGAGUCGGGGCACGGCGCCGUGGGACAUUCGCGGAUUCAUUCCGCCAACCGGGAAUCGUUCCACUUUGUCCGGGUCGAGCUAUCCUGUUAGCACGAUGCGUUCCGUGUAAACAACACAACUAUAUUCAUUUUUUUCGCGGAGUUAGGACAAUUAUAGGGGAUUUUUGUGUGUUUGUGCAAGACCCAGCAAACUAUUUCAGCAUUUGUUUGACUCGAAACGACGUUUCACGAGAACUGCCUGGCGACUUUCGAAGGAGUGACUGGCACAAGGGGGCACUCCCAAAAGGCUCCAGGGAGCUCCAUUAUUUCCCCGACUAAACUCUCAAAAGGGGAUCCAACGAGAGAGCAGCUAUGAGCGGGGGAGAUGUGGUGUGUUCAGGAUGGCUGCGAAAGUCUCCUCCGGAAAAAAAGUUGCGACGUUACGCAUGGAAGAAGCGGUGGUUUAUGCUUCGCAGCGGUCGAUUGACAGGCGACCCAGACGUGUUGGAGUACUACAAGAAUGACCACGCUAAGAAGCCCAUCCGUGUGAUUGACCUCAACUUGUGUGAGCAGGUGGAUGCCGGGCUAACGUUCAACAAGAAAGACUUGGAGCACAGCUUCAUCUUCGACAUCAAGACCAUCGACCGUGUCUUCUACCUGGUGGCGGACACGGAGGAGGAGAUGAAUAAGUGGGUACGCUGCAUCUGUGAUAUCUGCGGCUUCAACCCCACCGAUGACGAGGCUGCCAAAGCCGCCCACCAGUCAGCCAUCGGGGGCCUGGUGGUGGACACUCCCCCGCAUGCGGCGUUGGGUAACAUCGUGGGUCCUGCAGCAGCAGUGUUGUCCACGGUGCCCCCUCCCUACCAGCCGGUCAGCGUUCGGCAUCUGGACUCCCAGUCCAGCACGGAGGAGCCCCAGGAUUACUUAUGGCUGGUCAACUGUGAGAGCAAGAAGCCGGACCCUAACAGAGCCCAUGCCGAGUGUUCCAAGUCUACCUCCUCUGAGACUGACCUGAACGACAACCUCCCCACUCACCGCACGCCCACCUCCUCCACCUCCUCGGCCAAACAUACCUCACACAAUGGCUACUUCCCGCAGCACCAGGCCCCGGCGUCCGCCUCGUCCCUCUACGACUCGCCGCCGUCGCGCGGAGCAUCCAUGUUAAGCGACAAUGGCCUCUACCACCUUCCCCGCAGCUACUCUCAGGACACAGUACUGCUCCCCAAGUCGGCGUCCUCCCCGACGACCCACCCGGACGCCGGCGGUGGCGGCGACAGCUCUGAACUUUACGUCUUCAACACGCCUUCACGGAAAGCCUCUGUGGAAACGCAGAUGCGUAACCGGUCCAUCAGCUAUGAUAUCCCGCCGACCCCUGGCGCUAACUCGACCUAUCAAGUCCCCCGAACCUUAUCCUCUGCAGGAGUAGGGGGCUCAGAGGGCGACGUAGUGCCUCCUCCCAGGCCACCCAAGCCAUCGCUUAGCUCCACCUUGGGACCCCCGCCCCCACCUGCGGAGCGUUCACCUACAGACAAUUACUUUGUGCCUCGCUCGGCCUCAGAGACCGACGGAAACUACUGUGUGCCUACUAGCGCUGGAAAUAAAGCUUUACGCAGCAACACCAUCGGAACCGUGGACUGCUCACGCAUACGCAAAGAUUUUGGCUCCCAGGACUGCUAUGACAUUCCCAGAUCAUUCCCGUCUGACAAGAGUUGCUCGUUCGACUUCAAUGAGAGCUUCAACAGCUACUUUAAAAAUAAAGGAAUGAUGCCGGUGGGCAGCCAGUCCACGGAAGAGGUAGACCAGAACUACGUACCCAUGAGUGCCAAUUCCCCAUCCCACCACCACUCGGGCAGCUUGUCGGAGCCCGUGCACGAAACCAACUAUGUGCCCAUGACCCCGAGCACCAUGGAGUUCUCAUCGCUGGGAAAGCAGGUCCCGCCGCCUGCCCACAUGGGUUUCCGUUCCAGCCCCAAGACCCCCCCUCGGAGGCCUUUGCUCAGCGACUGCCAGCCGCCGCCUGUGGACCGGAAUCUUAAACCGGAUCGCAAAGGUCAGAGUCCUAAAGUAAUAAGAGAAAAAGGAGUCGGUUUAGAGCGAACCGACUCCCAAACUGUAGGUGAAUUCCCAAGGGGACGACGUAAGGGAAAACCAGCUCCAUUGGAGAUCAAACCACUGCCAGAAUGGGAGGAGCCAUGCACGCCUGUCCGCUCGCCCGUCACUCGGUCCUUCGCACGGGAAGAGGAGUCCUUCUACUGCACUGUCCCCAUCACCCCCGUAAAGAGGGAGGUGGAGGAACUUGACAGCGUAGAGGAGGUGAGCAGGGUUGCCAGGUUUCAAACUUGCAUGGCCCUGCAGUGUUGCCAUUAUUAUUAUUAUUUAUUUUUAUUAGUCUGCCAUCCAGAGGAUUUAUCUGCACUACACCACUUAUUAGUAUUUGUCACCAUCCUAUUGUAGUUCUAAUGAGUACAUGUAGUGAUGUAUUAACACGUAAAUGCAUGAGUGUUGUCACAAUAUUAGACAAUUCGGACUCUUUCUACUUAAAAAAAAGACCAACGAAGGCCACAUUUGUAUCAAAGUGUGUCUUUAGAAUCUACGCAACACUACACGUAUUAUACUUAUAUUGGAACCUCCAAGGUGGACAUAAAUAUAUACGGCUAAUACAGGUAAUAAAAGUAAUAAAAAUAAAAAGUACUGACCCUUAUGAUGAUACGUGAUAGACCUGUUUUGGGAAACGGGAGAAGUUUAUUGACCUUUUUAACAUUCUUUCCUGGCAUAUACAGUAAAUAAGUUCACUGCUGUAUAAUAAAACUAAAAUAAAUUUAAAAAACCACUAACCCUUUAGGGACGCGUGAUGGACACGGCGUCUUUACGGAUAUGCAGUCAAGUCGACUUCAUCUAUCUCCAUUUUUAUACAUUAUUUCCUGUCUUAUACAGGUUAAUAAGUUUACUGUUGUAUAAUAAAACUAAAAUAAAUAAAAAAAACACUAACCCUUUAGCGACGCGUGAUGGACAUGGCGUCUUUAGGGAUAUGCAGUCAAGUCAACUUCAUCUAUCUCAAUUUUUUUACAUGAUUUCCUGUUUUAUACAUUAAAUAAGUUCACUGUUGUAUAAUAAAACUAAAAUAAAUAAAAACCACUGACCCUUUGGUGACGCGUGAUAGACAUGGCAUCUUUAGGGAUAUGCAGUCAAGUCGACUUCAUAUAGCUCUCUUUUUUUUUACAUUCUUUCCUGUCUUAUACAGGUUAAUAAGUUCACUAUUGUAUAAUAAAACUAAAAUAAAUAAAAAAACACAGACCCUUUAGCGACGCGUGAUAGACUUGCCGUCUUUAGGGAUAUGCAGUCAAGUCGACUUCAUCUAUCUCAAUUUUAAUACAUUAUUUCCUGUCUUAUACAGGUUAAUAAUUUCACUAUUGUAUAAUAAAACUAAAAUAAAUAAAAAAACACAGACCCUUUAGCGACGCGUGAUAGACUUGCCGUCUUUAGGGAUAUGCAGUCAAGUCGACGUCAUCCAGCUCACUUUUUUUACAUUCUUUCCUGUCUUAUACAGGUUAAUAAGUUCACUGUUGUAUAAUAAAACUAAAAUAAAUAAAAACUACUGACCCUUUGAUGACAUGAUAGAUGUUGCAUUUUUAAAAAAUCAGAAGCAAGUCGACUUCAUGCAUCUCAUUUUUUUUACAUUCUUUCCUGUCUUAUACAGGUUAAUAAGUUCACUGUUGUAUAAUAAAACUAAAACAAAUAAAAAAUUAUGACCCUUUGAUGACCCGUGAUCGAUGUCGCGUUUAAAGAAAAGGAGAAGCAAGUCGACUUCAUGCAUCUCACUUUUUUUUUCUACAUUCUUUCCUGUCUUAUACGUGUUAAAAAGAAGAUCACCAUGGUAUAAUAAAACUAAAAUAAAUAAAAACUACCCUUUGAUGAUGUGUUAUAUUUGGGAAAUGAAAAGGCAAAUCAAAUGAAUGUGUCUCGCUUUGUUACAUACAAGGCUUACAAUACAAAACAAUCCAUAUACAGUAUAAUAAACUAAUAAAAUAAUAAAAAUAAGUUGCUAUUAAGCUAAUAAACAAUAGAACAUACAGCAGUUGCUACCGUGUGUUACACAUCUUUAUUUAUAGUUUAACUAGUGUCGAAAUUAGCUAACCACUCAUUUCCUCACCUUAGAGGUUCCACAGUUUUAUGGACUAAAGCCUAAAAUAACUUACCACAUGUUUGUCGUUAUUGUGACAGCACAACUUGACUGGAGUCCAACCCUGUAGUAGCCCAGCGCUACGCUUCCUUCACUGACACGCUGUUUUGUUUGGCGA